GCCACCCUGUCUUAGGACUACCCACCAAAUACACUUUUCCCUCCACUGACUACACUUUGUUCCCUUGACCCUGAUCAAUCCUUUUUUGAGGCCCAGGGUCCAUGCCAGUCUGGAUAGCCCUUCACAAGAGCAAUAAAUGCACCCACUUUCCACUAGUUCCACUGGCAGGUUUAGCAACGCCCAGGAGGCUCCCAUGAGCCUUGGAUGUCAGAUCUAGGUUGGCAAUAUUGUCUGCAAAGUUGGGCUAGAGACAUUUAGGUAGUAGGUGGGAUGGGACUGGAGUUUCACAAUGAGCUGGAAGAACAGGUCUUCUUCUUGGGAAGGGGGACCUGCAUGGUGCUGAUCAUAGGGCAGUCUUCUCUAGUUGGAAUCUGAUGUGACCUUAGCUGAUGUCAGCCCCCAGCACCGGCCCUACACCAGGAAAAUGUCCUUCAUAUUGUUGGAGGCCCCUCAAAUGCCAUCUAUUUGUGGCUUGGCUCUGUGACUGGCACGAGUCAUAAGUGAUCCCAGGGACAGGAUAUUUUUGGCAGUAGGGGCGGAGCUUGCAUUAAGAAGCCUAGACCAUGCUGCCUGGGGACAGGCCUCUAGAUGCAUACCUCCACUGCCCAAGCUGGCUGCUGAGAAUCAGGACUGUGACAAUAUGUCAUGGUAAAGUUAUUUGGAAUUGAACUGAAAAUAGGGGAAACUGAAGUAGAUUUCUUACUCAGAAGAAUGAAUUAGAAGAAUCUGGAAGAAGCAGAGACUGUUCUGUGGUUCCUCUAGAUGGAAAUGAACCGCCAGAGAGGGGGCAGGUGCUACGAGGUCAGGCAGGGUGGUAGCAGUGUGUACUACUUAGUGUAUGGAGCCUGGAUUUGUGAAGACCCUGCCUGGCCCAAAGUCUUGCUGUCACUCCAGCACCUCUGCUGAUGUGCAAUGGACAACUUCCAGUAUAGUGUCCAGCUCAGUGAUCGAGAGUGGGCUGAGUUCUCAGCCACUGCUGAUGAGUGUGGCCUCUUGCAGGCUGGCCUGGCCUCUGGUGACGAGCUCUUGUCCAGUGACAUUGACCAAGGGGACAGCAGUGGAAGCAGCCCCCCUGGGCCCCCACCCCUCUUCACUGGGCAACUGGCUCCCCAGGGGAGGAGACAACAGGGCUCUGAGUUGGAGGACGUGGCUACUCAGCAGCUGGUCAGCAGGUCUCAGUGUGAGCCUGUCCUGGCUCUGGAGGCCAGUCAUCAGGUAGCCGGCACGUCCACACAGUCAGAAGCUCUGUUCCUCAGCCCAGACAGCGUCUGUCCUGGCCAGGCCUUGUCCUUCCAAGGGUCAGCAACUUUCAGGGACAAGAUGCAGAGGCUUUUGCAGGGCCCUGCUCCCAGCUCUCCUGGUGAGCCCUCUCAAAGUCCUGAGUCCCCUGGCCACAAUGCCAUCCCUCAGAGUCCUCCUGACAACCUUGAAGCUCCACUGCGGAACCCUGGUCGUAAGAAGAGGCGUGCUAUGGCCGCCAAGGGGGCCAAGUGCUCUGGAUCUCUGGGCUCUGCCGCUGUCCAGAUGAGCUCCCCACAACUUAUGGAGACAAGGCCCAAGGAGGUUCUUAUGUCUGGGACAUUAAUGGCAAAAGCCCAGCAGGGUAAGCCACAGUCAGACUCUGCAGGUGCUUCUGAACAUGGCUCUAGUAUCCCUGAACAUAUGACCAAACAAGAGUCAGACUUGGAUCUGUCUACACCUGUUCUAACAACUGAACAAGAUACAGACCAGAUCAGAAAGACACCCAGAGCUGUGCUACACAUGAUAUCCAAACCUGUCCAGGAAGCUCAUCCAGAUGUCUCCACAGCCACACCAAAUGUGUCUCUCUCUACACAUGCCUCCAAGUCUCAACCUUACACGGCUUUGUCUAAACCUGCCUCCAAGCCUCAGUCUGACAUAGAUUUGUCUCCACAUGUCUCCACAUCUGACAUGACUUUUUCCACACUUGCCUUCAAAUGUCAACCCAAUACAAAUCAGUCUACACCUGCCUCUGAUCCUGACAUGGCUUUGUCUACACCUGCCACCAUGUCUCAACUGGACAAAGCUGAAUUUGCACCUGCUUGCAUACCUGGACUGCAUGAGGACCUAUCUGUAGUAGGCUCCGAGAUCAAGUCAGAAGUUUAUCCCUCUAUGCCUGCCCCAGUGGUUAUGCUUUGUACAGAUCCGCCUCAUUCUGUUUCAAAGACUGAGUCUGAAGAGAGUAUGUCUAUACCUGCUAUGCCUCCCUUGUCCCCUGUUUCCCAGGCUGAAGCUGCCAGAGUGAAUACAGAUGUGACUGUGCCUCCUGGGGGAUACUUGGAGAAGCCAUUAGGGCAGCUCUCAGCAGGGUCUUCAGGAUACUCCUUAGGGGAGCCUUGUCCAGGUCCUGUUCAAGCCUCCAAGAAGAAGAAAGUACGAUUCUCCAUGGCUGUACCCAGCCAUGAAGAAUCAGGAUCAGGUGAACCUACAGGUCCACCCUUCCUAGCCCCAGACCGGCCCCCAGCUCCUAGGACAGUAGCAGGGAGCCGUGGGGGGUCUGCAGCCUGGGAUGCUGUGGCUGUUGGGCCCCGACUCCCCCAGCCUCGGAUCCUCAAGCACCUGCCUCCUCCUAUAUCCUCUGUCUCAGCAGAGCCUGAGCCUGGAAGCUGCUAUGCAGUGACUCUCCCUGAGGCCUAUGAGUUCUUCUUCUGUGACACCAUUGAGGAGGAAGAUGAAGAUGUAGAGGAUGAGGCAGCAGCCAGCCAAGCCCUGGAUGAAGUCCAGUGGCCUGACACAUGCGAGUUCUUUUUUAGGGACAGCAGAGCCCAAAGGUCAAGUUGUCAGAGGGGACACUCCACAGUCCCACCCCCAAAAGCAGAGGCUGUGGCACCUGUUCCCCCUGGAGAUUUAGUGCCUAUCUCCAUCCCUGAGGUCUAUGAACACUUCUUUACUGAGGAAGAAUUUGGGAACAGACAGCCACCAGCCACCCAUAUCCAACUGCAAACCUCGGAGCUCUUCAGGGAAGUAGGGCCUGAGGCAUACUCCAAGCCUGUUCCAGCUACAGCAGAACAUCUUAGCUUGACAAUCAGAGAGGCAGAGGAGCUACGGAGUCCCCUUACUUCAUUUACAUUCAGCCAGAAUGACAUGUGCCUGGUAUUUGUUGCCUUUGCCACUUGGGCUGUGAGAACCUCUGAUCUACAUGCCCCAGAUGCUUGGAAAACAGUCUUGCUGGCCAACAUUGGCACCAUCUCUGCUAUCCGCUAUUUCCGCCGUCAGGUUGGAAGAGGGCGUAAUGGCAGACCAAGACCAAGUUCCAACUCAAGCCCAAGCAGCUAGGAGCCAGGCUGGCCUGGUGAGGCAUGGGGCACAGGGAUGAACCCAGGUGACAAGGACAAGAUCUUGCUCUUCUCUCCACCCUUUGAUCCCUGACUUCUGAGGCACCUAGGAAGGAGCCAGUAUCUGUGGGUGCUGACUUACUUGGACUCAAACUAAGGGUCCAGCCAGUGGCUAAGACCAAGGCCAUUUUCCAUACGUGAGAGGGUAGAGAUUCAGGAUUGUGGGUGAGUGGACCCUGAGCCAAGAGCUAGGUAAUAGGGCAUCAGAUUUGCAAGUAAAAACCACAGGGUACAUAGCUAUAUUUGAAUUUACAUGAAGUACUUGAGAUGUACUUGUAUGAAGAAAUUAUUUGUUAUUAUCUGAAAUCCAACUUAAUUGGGCACCCUGCCUUUUGUCUAGUCAUAAAUAAAGGAUGAGCAGCAGAAGAGAACUCUACAGUAAGUCUAAAAGCAAAAAGGCCCCUCUGGGUCUGGGCCAAGGGGCUACUAGGUGCCUUCAAAGCUAGAGGGAGGCAGUCCAAGAACUCUGCUCUACUGAAAGGCAGGCUUGGCUGUCAAGGGCCUCCAAGGUCCUGAUCCCUAAGGCACCACAGCCACAACUUGCCUAGGCCUGGCCUGAGUCAAUGAGUAGGUUCUAGGACAGUGGUUCUUAACCUUCCUAAUGCUGCAACCUUUUGAUAUAGUUCCUCAUGUUGUGGUGACCCCUAACAUAAAAUUAUUUUUGUUGCAACUUCGUAACUGUAAUUUUGCUACUGUUAUGGAUUGUAAUGUAACUAUUUUUGGAGCUAGAGGCUUGCCAAGGGUGUUGCAACCCACAGGUUAAGAACCACUGUUCUAGGAGAUAUCUCCGGGAAUGGCUUCUGAGGCCCCUGCAAUAUGGCAUCUGUGGGGCAGGGCUGGGUCUUCUCCAAGAGCUCUGGACAGGAUAUACAUAGAAUCUGAUAGCAUCCUAUGGAAGGAUUGUCUCCUGAUACUAUAGGGAGCUUGAGUGAAGCCAAGGCUGAGAGAAGUUGUGAGUGGGAAGGUAGGUGAAGGGACUGAGGUGGCAUUGUGAAGACAGCAAACGAAGGUCCUCAGGAUGGUGGGGUACUCUGGCUGCUCAGAGGGGAACACAGGGACACAGCACCAAUAAAAUCUCUUUCUUGUUUA